CAACACUUCCGGGAGUAACAAAGAGGAGGACGUGAGUUUGUGCAAGAAGUUUGUCGAUUUACAUUUUUCGAAGGUGUGAAGACUUUCCAUACAGUUGAAGCACAUAUUUAAUCCCCUGUCCAGUGGAAGGAGUCCCCAGGGUGGAAGCAAGAUGGAGGAGGAUAUGGAAGUAAGCUGUGCUCAGGCAGACCAGCUGAGAACUCCUGCGCCAUACAGACAUCCUCAUCACACACAGAAGGCUUUUGAUGUCCUGAAUAUGAUGAGAAAACAGGCCCUCCUGUGCGAUGUCCUUAUCAUAGUGGACGGCAAAGAAAUCCCUGCCCACAAGUCUGUGCUGUCCUCUUGCAGUCCAUAUUUCUAUGCUAUGUUCACCAAUGACCUGUCAGAGGCCAGGUCCAAUAGAGUGAUGCUGCAGGACGUGGAUGGGAAGGCACUCACACAGUUGAUUGACUUUAUUUACACCUCAGAGAUUGGAGUAACAGAGGAGAAUGUACAGAUCUUGUUGUCGGCAGCCAAUCUUCUUCAGCUUGUGGAGGUUAGAAAUGCAUGUUGCGAGUUCCUUCAGUCACAGCUCCAUCCAUCCAACUGCCUUGGGAUCAAGGAUUUUGCGGACCUCCACGCCUGUACAGAACUUAUGAAUUAUGCUCAGGCUUAUACAGAACAACACUUUAGUGAGGUUGUAAAACAUGAUGAAUUUCUCAACCUUUCUUCAUCACAAGUAACAGAACUAAUAUCUAGUGAUAGACUCAGUGUGCAAUCAGAAGAAAAUGUGUUUGAAUCAGUGAUAGGAUGGAUUGGCCGGGACCCCGCCAAUAGACAACAAUACAUAUCUCAGUUAAUGGAACAUGUCCGACUUCCAUUGCUAUCUCAAGAAUAUCUAGUAGAGACAGUUGGAGAAGAAAACCUUAUUAAGACUAAUAUAUUUUGUAAAGACUUGCUUAUUGAGGCUAUGAAAUUUCAUCUGACCAAAGGAGACCAGAAAGCAGUGUAUAAAACCCCAAGGACAAAACCCAGGACGCCAAUAGGUUUGCCAAAGGUUCUACUGGUGAUGGGUGGGCAAGCACCCAAAGCCAUCAGAAGUGUGGAGGUGUAUGAUUUCAAGGAGGAGAAGUGGAUGACAGCAGCAGAGAUGCCAUCACGGAGGUGUAGAUGUGGCACCGCUGUCUUGAACACCUUAGUCUAUGCUAUAGGAGGUUUCAAUGGGUCAUUACGUGUACGGACAGUGGAUGUUUAUGACCCGGCCAAAGACGCGUGGACCACGGUGGCCAGUAUGGAGGCCCGUAGGAGCACCCUGGGGGCAGCCGUGUUAGGAGGGCUCAUCUACGCGGUAGGGGGCUUUGAUGGCACCACUGGGCUCAAUUCAGCAGAGUAUUAUGACCCACGGACCAAUGAAUGGAGAAUGAUAUCACCUAUGAGCACAAGGAGGAGCAGUGUUGGUGUGGGAGUGGUGGGACAUCACCUGUAUGCAGUAGGAGGAUAUGAUGGGGCAUCACGGCACUGUCUAAGUUCUGUAGAGUGUUAUAGUCCUGAGGCUGAUAUUUGGGCUGGUAUAGCCGACAUGUCAUGUAGGCGCAGUGGGGCAGGUGUGGGGGUAUUGGAGGGGUUGCUGUACGCAGUGGGAGGUCAUGAUGGCCCUCUUGUCAGGAAGAGUGUGGAGGCAUAUAACCCAGAGAUCAACACAUGGUCGCAGGUGGCCAACAUGCACCUGGCUAGGAGGAAUGCAGGUGUGGUGGCACAUGGUGGUUUCCUGUGGGUCAUAGGUGGUGAUGAUGGUAUCUCUAAUCUGGGCUCAGUGGAAUUCUAUAAUCCUAAAACAGAUACAUGGACACUGUUGCCCAGCAACUUACAGACUGGAAGGAGCUAUGCCUCCGUAGCAGUGGUGGAUAAACCACUGUGAUCAGCAGCAUGUUUGUGUGUGAUCACAUUGUCAAGAUGGAGCCAGUCUCACAAGACAACUCGAGCCAAAAGUUGCUGUUAUUGUUAUGGUGAAAUUUGCUCUACAGUAACUUCAGGAUAAAUUUGAAGAAGUUCACCAAAAGUAACUGUUUGUCAGUAAGCUAAGACAUUAUUAUUAUUAUUAUUAUUAUUAUUAUUGAUGUUGUUUUAGCUUUGGUUUAAUUUUCUAGUUUUUAAGUAAAAACCAACUUUUGGCUGGUGUUUUGUAAACUGGUCUUCAGACAGUAUUUCAUCAUACAAUAUGCUUUGGCAAUGGGGAACAACUAUCUCAAAAUAUCAUGUAAAACAAUGGCAUUGGCAGUGAAAAAUCAUUACCAAUGGCAUUCUGUGCUGCAUUCUUUCUGUCAUUGGAACCAGUCACCAUGUAAGGAUUUCUGUUGUUAAACGUUUUCAAAUUCUGUGCUGCAGGGAAAUCAGCAAGGAGGAACAUCUUAUAAUGAAGUGUGCCAUGCUGUAAUUGUGUCAAUACCAAACCAAUAGCUUUGUUAACCAAAGGGGUGUCGGGGGACAGCAAAUUUAUGAACACAGCUGUUGUUGGACUGCAAUUUUUUCAAUUCAGUGCUGCCUCUGGUUUCUUCACAUGUGAUUAGCAAACAAUAUGCUUUGUUUCAGUGUAUCAAUCUCAGCUAAAAUACCAUGGGCAAAUUUUCAUGACAGCAUUGUCAGACUAUGUCUCACAGGUUAUGGGUAAAAUGUAUAUUUCAGCCCAUCAAAGGGUAUGUGUAAAUGCAUUGGCAUUCCCUGCAGCAGAGAAAUCAUUGAUGACACAGAGCAUUCAUGACAUGCUAUGUUCAUCACAUCUUUAGGGCAUACAAUUCUGUGAAAAUGUCAGUUGGGGAAAUACUAUACAACGAUAUUUGAAAGAGGAUUACAUUAUUUUCUUUGAAAAUUUGGACAAAGCUACGAGACAGCACCAUAUGUGACACAGGGGUGGUACAGCAUAUAAAAUGACCUUGUAUUCACUUUUCAUGAAAUUGACAUUUUCAUACAUUAUAAAAACAAUCAUGACAUAACAUGAGGUGUUACACAGUUCCUUUUUGAUUUUUUCAUUUCUUUGAUCAUUUUUGAUUAAUAUUUUGGUGUUUGAUAUAAGAAACUUUUUUCAUAAAAAUUAUUUUCCAAAUAUGUGGUUUCUUGUGAUUGAGGGCAGUUGUAUCUGUGUUAUGGGAUUUUAUAUUGUUAUUACAUGGUUUUGGAUUUUUUCUAUAAAUUUCUUAUAAUUUCUAUAAAUUGUGUCUAGUACUUUGUUAGCAAAUCAUUGCCAAUUUAUUCUAGUAGACUGUCCCUGAAAGACAUAAACGACAAAUCAGAAUUGAUACGUAUGGUGCUAUUUUCCUAAAGGUUUUGCGCAUGGGAUAAUGUUGGCUUUUAAAAUGUUUCUUACAGAGGAUCUGACUUAUCACUGUGUGGGGCCUUUAAACUACAUGAACUUUGGGCAUUUUAUUAAUUAUUAUAAUAUUUAUUAAUUAUUAUUAUUUUAUUUAUUUAUAUUUUGUCAAUGUAUAUCAUGAUGGUCAUUAUGUUUAAAUUAAAAUUGUAGCAGAGUAACAACCUCAAUAUCUGGUUGACAACCACUGAAGGGAUUGAAAUGGGCAGAAAACACCAACACUGUAAUCUUUUUUAGGUUCCAGAAAGUGACAUUCUACCUUGCUCCAGAAAGAGACAUUCUACCUUGAAAUAAUUACAUUUGUGUACCCAUUCUGUGAUAUAAUUGGAUAUUCAUGGGAUGUAUAGAGACAAGGAGUAUAUCACUGUUGACCCAUUUUUGGCAAAUUGAUGAAAAAAGUGAUUUGAAAACUUACGAUUUGUUUCUUGGGUUAAAACGCAAUACUGAUAAUUCGUGUGAAUGUCACUUUUUUUUUCAAAUUGUAUAGUUUUGUGCCAAAAUCCCAUAUAUGACUAUAACUUUUAAAGUUGAAUCACCAGUGAUUAUGCAUUAAAGAUACUGUCAUUGAUGGAUCUGAAGUAAGAUAAAGAUCAUAUGCUAAUGUGAACCAAGUUUUGCCCUGAUCAGUAUUUUCAUUUCCAGGUGUGUAGGUAUUUGUGUACUAUGUGUGUUAUUUUGCUAUAUGUAAUAAAUUUUUUAAAAAUCUCUGAAAAUUUUUUAUCU